CCAUUCUUUUCCUUCCUUUUCUGUAGCACGGCAGCAUCACAAACACAUCAGGCAUCACGUCGCAUCACGUUUGCGCAUCGCCGUCUAUUUACUUCCAGCCAGUGCACAGCAAAUUGACAGCGUCUCAAUUCCAACACAAGCCCGACGGCAGUAGAGGCAUCAGACCAGCAUGUCUUACGGCAAUAAGUAUCAAAACAACCCCUAUGGGGCCGAGCAGGGUAAUCCAUACGGCACCCCGUACGGAGGUCAGGAUGAACACGAGAUGCAAUCGUACCCCCAGCAGCAGCAGCAACAACCAUCAAGCUCUCUCACACUCUCGCAACAAGAUUUCUUGCAGCGGAUCAGUCACCUGCGCGAACAAGUCAGCACCUUGGCCACGAAUGUCAAUGCCAUCGCAUCACUACACCAGCGCGCCCUCGCCGAGUCCGACGGUGGCUUGUCGGCUCAACAGCUCGAGCGGCUCGUCGCCGAGACCAACGCAUUAAACCAGGGUAUCCGCGACCAAUUGAAGUUCCUCGCCACGGAUGCGAGCCGCACUACCGAUGGCAGCAAGGGCCUCAAGGACCAGCAGGUCAACACCAUCAAGAACAACUUUGAGCGCGAGCUUCGCAACUACCAGACCGAGGAGGGCCAGUACCGCCAGCGCUACCGCGACCAGAUCGCCCGUCAGUAUCGUAUUGUGAACCCUGACGCGAGUGAGGACGAGGUCCGCCAGGCCACCGAGGCUGACUGGGGCAAUGAGGGUGUCUUCCAGACUGCCUUGCGCACCAACCGUACUGGACAAGCCACAUCUGUCCUGGGCAACGUUCGUGCUCGUCACAACGAGUUGCAGCGCAUCGAGCAGACCCUGAUCGAGCUUGCCUCCAUGUUCCAGGAUCUGGCUGUUCUGGUUGAGCAGCAAGAGGUAGCCGUUCAAGCUGCCGAGCAGAAUGCCGAGAACACCACCAAGUGGACCGAAGAGGGCAACCAGCAUGUUGGUAAAGGCAUCAAGUCUGCCCGCAACCGAAGAAAGCUCAAGUGGUGGUGCCUCCUCGUCUCCAUUCUCAUCAUCAUUAUCAUUGCCGCUGUGGCCGCAGGUGUUAUUUGUGGAACGCAAGGCAAAUGCACCAGCGGCAACAAAUAGAAGUUUUGACUGUUGGUCUGAUCGGAUAUUACGAAACUCUUCCAUUUCAGCUGCCUCCUUGGUUCAUCUAAUAUACCCGAAAUCACGAUGGAUGAACCGCUGGGGGCUGGCGAGAGCAGUAUCACAAAAAAAAGGAGGCAGCUUACAGCGACGCUGAUCUCACAUUAUCAAAUACUAGACUUCCAUUUAAUCUUCGGCAUUUUUGUCCCUUCGGAGCAGGGGUAGGAACAGCCUAUAAUGCAUUGUUCUUUUGUACGUAUUAGUACCCAUUUUUCUCGAGGCCCCAAGGGACCACGCCAGGCAUGAGAGUUAGGAUUGCGUAGGGAGGGAGGAUUGCCUUGGAUUUGUCGGAGCUU